UCUUUGCCCAGUGGGUGGGACAUCCGAUAGGCGCGCUAUCGAUUCUUAGGAUACUACCAUCCCUGUCAUUGCGUGUACCGCAAUUCUCAGCACGCAGCUACCUCGAGGCGAUCUGAUGUAGAAUGGUUCAAACACAGCUUGUAGGCCUAAUCAACAUGUGUACGCUGCCUCACCUGCAUUUAGCGAGGUGUAGGUGUCUCGCGCAUGCAUGCUUAUUCACAAACACAGAUCGACGGAGUCUUCAGCGCUGCUUCAAGACUCGGUGAUUCCUCCCGUCUACUCUCGUCCGAAGUAGCCCCCAUAACAGCAACACUUCCAUAAUCCACGCUAGGAAGACAUCUUCGGUACCGGCACACAGACCACAACCCAGGCCUGCGAGGCGCUUUAGCCAUGUCUGGAUCGCCCUUGCUUACCAUGAAUACCUCGAAUACGGAGCAAUCGAUAGCCUGUAACUGCAGCGCGAUAUGCGCCUCGAUGAGCGAAAGUGAAUCAAUAUCAUCUGGGGACUCCGAAGACCAAGUAUCCUCAGAUGAGCGAGAGUCGAACUGUACCCCUCAGAUAUCUCCGUAUCCUGUAGAAUUGUUCGCUGUAAAACCAUUUGAAGAUGAUUUCGCGCACGAAUGCGCUCCUAGGAUGUCAUGGGUCGAUGACCCCGAUGAUGAGUAUUAUGUCGCUGACGAUCCAAACUUCUACGUCGACAUCGCUGAUAAGCUUGGUGACGACUUGGAGGCGCAUACGAUCAUGGCAUUGCACUGUCAAGACACCCAGCUCGCACACAAGGUCGUGAUGUAUUACUCCAACAACUCAACCGUGACGUUGCCCUUUGAUCUCGAGGACGCCUCAAAUGCCAAGAGUGACGGGUGUGGUUCUUGCGUGUCCGAGCUCCGGAAUCACAUCCUCGCAUGUGCGGAGACUUCCUGUCCAAUCUCCGCCUACGUAUACUACCUCGGCUUUCUCGAGCAAGUAUUUCGCAAAAUUGCGAAGACCUUGCAUUGGCUGAAGGGCGAAACCGGCUCUGUCAAUCAUGCUGUACGGUCUUGGCGCACCGAGAUGGAGGGGUGCGGGUCGAGGAACGAGCUACACAGAGCCAUCAUCGGAGCUCACUCUAGUGCGAUCUACGAAGACCGAAGGGAGUUCCCCGAGCUCGCCGGAAGCGAUGUCAACAUCGAGGUCGCGGAGAAUGCGGCAUACCAAGCUUAUAGACGACUGGGCGCCGUAUUACCUCUGUACCUGCGAUACUCCAGACGGCGCAAUAUCCCCGUCCUCACACUGGCCUUCCAUGGGGCUGAUGUUUUGGCUCGAACGUCUGUAAAGGUUGCGCCCAGACAUACCCUUCAAGGCGAGAGUAUACCUGACGACAGCCGUACCUCCUACACCCUCUUCGAUAUUCUAUGUUCGAGCAUCCGCGUGCUCACAGAAGAUGGGUUACGCGCGCUCUUCAUCUUCAACGAUGUCGGGUGUCUAAGGAUGCAACCAGAGGAUGACUCGACCCCAAGUCGCUACGCAUUAUCUUGGUCAUACGGACCCGGAGUAUCCUCGAAGGACAUGAGGGCGAUCCGAGUGCAAGCAAUACGAGAGAGGGGGCGAUCUAUCGCCUUAGAUGUUCCUGGAGACGUCUUCGGUGCUGUGCUUCCUCAGCAGGAACGCCUCAUGACGAGUAGACCCUCUACUCCACCGUCCUCCCAAACAUCCAUGGAGUCAGCGUCUGAGUCAUCCGCUUCUGAGACGUUGAUAACCCCACCAGACAUCAUUGCAUUAUCUGUCCAAGCGAACAAGAAAGCCGCGUCGAUCAGGCGCACCAUUGGGAACGAGGGAGUAGUGCGAGCGGCGAAACGUAUCAAGGUGGACGUUAUCUCUGCCACUGUACCGAGGUUGAAACGGCGGAUGCAGACUCGAAGGCGCGGUAAUACGUCUGUGUCCCCCGUAUGCUCUCGCAAAGAGUAUUCGAUAGGAGGUUCAAAACCGCUAUCAUCAAUAGCCGUUGCCACCCAUUUAGAUGAAACAUUGUGUGACGUGUUGUAUACGUCUGGAGAGUAUGCGUCUGGAGAGAAGGUCGUCGCUAAUAAGAAGAUGCUUUCGGUGUGA